UACAACGUUGAAAGUCUCGAGAGCUUCCCUCCUUCGGAAGGAGAUAAUCGAUACAUUGGCUCACCGGAGAACUGCUCUGGUUUGAUCCUCUGAUUUUCAAUGGUGAAAAGCUUACAGGGCGGAGGGCAAAACCUCCCGGCAGACGUCACGCAGGUGAUUGAUCAGUUGGAGCGCCACUGCUUGGCUCCCGAUGGAUCUCUCGUCUCCAAGCCAGUCCACUACGAUCUACAGCUCGCGAGAGAAGAAAUGUCGAGGGAAAGAUUGCGUUAUUUGGAAGCCAUGGCAAUCUACUGUGAAGCAAUUGCGAUGGUGGAAGAAUACCAACAGGCUGUUUCAAUGGCGAACCUUGGAGGAGUUCGAGAUGUUCAGGCUCUUUACCCACAACUAGGCUUGAAGAAUUCGCCUCAGGUUUAUGAGACCCUUGAGCAUCGAAUGGUUGUGGCAGAAGCAUCUCAAAGAUUGAGGCUUCCUCUUAUAUCAAAGGACGGUGAAAUCCAGGAGGACGAGAUUGAGAAGUGGAGUGUAGUAUCUCGAAGUUCCCUUGAUAGUACAAGUACCGGUAUCACAAUCAGCUCAACCGCUAAUUCAACAAAUUAUGCAAGUGCUAGCAGUACUGGAAGCAUUGUGAACAAUAGUUCAUUAAACUCAACUGAUACUGCAGAACCUGGAGUAGGUGGUGUUCCCAAUCGCUUUCUUGGAAUCACACCUGCCUUUUUAUGGCAAACACAACUCCAUCAAACGCCUUCCAUGGAUAUGACCGAAUAUCAAAAGGCUCUUUCCCGUGAGAUUGAUGCUCGUUUGAAGACUAAAUGUGAUAAGGUUGCCGAUGCUUUUGUGAUGGAUGAUAUUGAGUCAUCAUCUGGUCAUCAUAGCUCUAGUGCUCGGCUUCCAGAGAGGGUCAAGUUGAUCAUUGAGGAAAUUGAAAGGGAAGAAGCAGCUUUACGGCAAGAGCUUUACUCGGCAGAUAGAAAGUUCGCUGAAUAUUACAAUGUUCUUGAGCAGAUCUUGGGAGUACUAAUUAAGCUUGUCAAAGAUUUGAAGCUGCAGCAUCAACAUAAAUAUGACGAUCUCCAGAAAACAUGGCUGUGCAAAAGGUGUGAGACCAUGAAUGCGAAACUGAGCGUUUUAGAGCACGUUCUCCUGCUAGAAACUUACACUCAGGAAUCUAUACCAGCCCUUCAUAAAAUAAGAAAAUAUCUUGUUGAAGCUACAGAGGAAGCUUCUAUUUCUUAUAACAAAGCAGUCACUCGUCUCCGCGAGUAUCAAGGUGUAGACCCUCAUUUCGACACAAUUGCGAGGCAGUACCACGAUAUAGUGAUGAAACUUGAGAAUAUGCAAUGGACAAUUCACCAAGUUGAGAUGGACUUGAAACGCUUGCCAGAUCAGUCAAGUACAUGAAAUAUUUUACAUAGAGUUUGAUUCUUUUGUCUGUAUUGCUUCUUUUUAUUGUAUUAUGAUUUGCUUGAAGUUGAAUCUUUAUCAGCAGCCUGUUCAUAAUGUAUUCUUUUGCCCCCCAACUUUUGUCUUCUCAAAUGGUUUGUUUAAGUUAAUCUCUCAGCCAUUCUUCUAGUUCU